AAUCAUGAAAAAAUCAAAUCCACUUUUGGAAGUGACUGGGCUGGACGUGGUAAACACUAGUAUAUCACAUAAAUAUAUCAUAAAAAAUGGCUGGCCAAGAACCUGAUUUGGAUAAUCGUGAUCCUAAUGACCUCAACAGUCAUGUACAGGUUAUGUUUGACGACGUCUUUGGAGAGCCGGAGGGUGUGAAAUCCAUCGACUGUAUUUGGAAAAACAGCUAUUCCUGUUUCGAAUGUGGCAAGAACCUUUGUUACAAGAUUAUGACCACUCUUUGCGGGUUGUGCAUUGCUCUGGAGUGGGGUUGCGAAUUUGCCAUGCUCACAUUUCAUCAUGUGUGGUGCUGGACACCAUGCUUGAGGGAUUUCUCCAUCACAAUGGGAUGUGCCCAGAAGUUCUACGGAACCUGCCUGAACUGUUGCAUAACACCAUGCUGUGAAGCAUUUGGAUCAGUCUUCAGCAAAAUAAAGAUUCAAAAAUCAUAACGACUUGAUUAUGUUAAAACUACAACUUGUUUGAAAUUGUAUAGGUAUUAAAAUUUAAUGGAAGAAAGGACAAGUUAUCAACUCUCUUACAUAAUACAUUAGAAAACAGCUAGAUUGUAUGGAAAGUGUGUCGAUUCAAAGAAGAAAACUAUUAAGGAAUAUAAAAUCUGAAAGUUAAAAUGAAAACCUUUAUCGCGAAUUGUUUGAUGUAACUGAACUUUUGUUUUGAAAGAUAAAGGUAAAGUUUUUUGUCAAACUUAAUUAUGAUGUUACAUCAUGAUCAAUAAAAUAUUUAUUUGUUACUUUA